CUUCUAUUGUUCUCAAGACUUCACAGCAUUUUGCAGCUUACAUUAACACUUUUUCUCAUUUCAAAGAAACAAACAUGCUCACUACUUACACCAUUCUCGGUGGAACUGGUGCAACAGGGUCAGAACUAAUCUCAUACCUCUUAAACCGACAACCCUUCGUCCACCUUAAUAUCUACGUGCGCUCCUCCUCAAAACUCUACACCCUCUUCCCCGACCUUCAAACCUCUCCCAACAUCACAAUCUUCACCGGCAGCAUCGACGAAACCCCCGUUCUAGCUUCCUGUAUUCGCUCCGCAACCGCAAUCUUCUGCACCAUCGCCCAAAACAAGAAUGAACCGGACUGCUCCCUCUCCCAACGCACCGCCCACGCUGUGAUCCUCGCCCUCACCCAGCUACGCUCCGAAUCCGCCCACCCUGCCACCUAUACCGCACCACCGCUCGUCUGGCCCUCCAGUGCGGCACUCAACCCUGCGUUCGAAAAGCGCAUCCCUGCCGCGUUGCGAGCCGUUGCUCUGCGCGCGGCUUUCCAUGUUCUGCAAGAUUUGCGCCUCGCGGCUGAGUAUUUGGGUGGGUUUGAGUGGAGCCCUGUGUCAUUUUGGCAGCCCAGACCGAUUGUGAAAGACGAGGCCAGGGGAGUCAGUCUUACGGCUGAGAAAAGGUUUGAUCUUAUUUCGUAUGCGGAUGUGGCAAGGGGGAUUGUAAAGAUUGUGGAGGAGGGUGAUGGGAUGUGGAUUGGAAAGGAGGUUGGGUUUGUGGCGCUGGGAGGGAAGAAGGUUAAGAAUCUUCCGCCGUCGACUUUUAUAUGGAUAUUAGCUGGGUUGUUGGGGUAUUGUGUGCCAUCAUUGUGGUUGGCAGGAAGAAAAAUAGGACUUUGAUAAUGCGCUGGAUUCAGAUAAUGUCAGGGAGGUUAGUCUACUCAGUACACGUAGUACCGUCACGUCAACACGUGGAAAUGCUAGUUGCAUAAGGGUG